CUCAGAAAUGCUAUUACACACAUACUGACUCACUGACACACACACACAUGAACACACACUCAGACUCGCGCUCUCGAGCACAUCUACACGCGCUGCCACAGCAGUGCGCUUCAACACGCUUCUGUGCGCAACACCAAUUCCUCUCCCGCCUGGCAGUUUGGACAAAACUUGCUGCCUCCUGGGUAUGACUGAACGACUAAGAAGAUAGCAGAACUCUUAAACUCGGAGGGCUGCAGGCGAUUAAGGGAGAAGUCCCUGCGGAAACCUCUAUCAAAGCAUCGGAGACCAAUAAGGCAAUGGAGCGCAAUAACGCACGCAAAUCUGAGACGGCUUUAUAACGGAAUACAGUUGAAGAUCUCUAAUUUAGUUUUGUUUGAAGAAAAGCAGGCUGGUUUAUGUCAAAGCAUGACUUUUUAGGAUGAAUACAUGAAAUAGAUCAUGUUUUGCACACUCUGCAUUUGCUGUGCGCAAUGGGCUCAACAGAACUGCAUUUGAAUAUGAAAUUCUGAGCAUUAUCUAGACAAAAAAGGCUGGUUUUAUAUUAUUUUCUCAUUCUGGUUUGUCAUUUGUUCUUUGGAGAAGAUCACUAGUUGAACACAGCUCACUUCUUCAAGCACAUUUCGGAAAGAUGGAUUUCUGGAUAUCUCACCAAGGGAUUGCAUUUCUCUUUUGCUUCGUUCUGAAAGUCAGCGCAAAAGACAUUGAGACAUGUGGAGGCCACCUGGAUGCCAGCGGAGCCGGCUACAUCACAUCUCCAGGAUACCCUCUGGAAUACCCGCCCCAUCAGAACUGUCAGUGGGUGAUCAGUGCACCCGAACCCUCACAGCGCAUCAUGCUCAACUUCAACCCCCACUUUGAGCUGGAACGACUGGACUGCAGGUAUGACUUCAUCGAGAUCCGAGAUGGGAAUUCGGAGUCUGCAGACCUGCUGGGCAAACACUGCAGUAACAUCGCUCCUCCUGCCAUCAUCUCCUCCGGUCCCUUCAUCCACAUCAAGUUUGUGUCUGAUUACGCACACCAGGGUGCUGGUUUCUCCCUGCGCUACGAGAUCUACAGGACUGGAGCUGAGCACUGUUUCCGUAAUUUCAGUUCCCCAACCGGAGUGAUUGAGUCUCCGGGUUUCCCUGACAAGUAUCCUCAUAAUUUGGAGUGCUCCUUCAUCAUCAUCGCUCCUCCUCAGACUGAGGUCACUCUCACCUUCCAGACCUUCGACCUGGAGAAUGACCCUCUGCUGAUGGGGGAAGGAGAGUGCAAAUACGACUGGCUCGACGUCUGGGACGGUCUGCCGCAAGUGGGACCUUUGAUCGGACGAUACUGUGGCACGAAGAUCCCUCCAAAGAUCCAGUCCUCCACGGGCCUUCUGUCGCUGUCCUUCCACACUGACAUGGCUGUGGCCAAAGACGGAUUCUCAGCCAGAUAUAACAUGACCCACAAGGAAGUUAGUGACACUUUUCACUGCAGCAAUGCGUUUGGACUGGAGUCUGGGAAGAUCUCUGAUGAUCAGAUUUCGGCCUCCACCUCGUUUUAUGACGGACGCUGGCAGCCUCGUCAGGCCCGUCUGAACAACGAGGACAACGCCUGGACGCCCAGUGAGGACAGCAACAAGGAGUACAUACAGGUGGAUCUUCAGUUCCUCAAGGUUCUGACCGGCAUCGCUACUCAAGGAGCCAUUUCCAAAGAGACCCAGAAGUCCUACUACGUCACAACCUUCAAGCUGGAAGUCAGCACUAAUGGAGAGGACUGGAUGUUUUAUCGGCACGGCAAAAACCACAAGAUGUUCCAUGCCAACACUGACCCGUCGGAGGUGGUUUUGAAUCGUAUCCCACAGCCUGUUCUGGCCCGCUUUGUUCGUAUUCGACCACAGACGUGGAAUAAUGGCAUUGCACUUCGCUUUGAGCUUUAUGGCUGCCAGAUUACAGAUGCUCCUUGUUCAGAGCUCCAGGGAAUGCUGUCAGGACUCCUCCCGGACUCCCAGAUCUCAGCCUCCUCAAUGCGAGAUCUCCACUGGACCCCGGGAGCAGCUCGUCUGGUGGCGAGUCGAUCGGGAUGGUUUCCCAGUCCUGCUCAGCCUAUAGCUGGAGAAGAGUGGCUCCAGGUGGACCUCGGGACACCCCGGACGGUGCGAGGAGUGAUAACUCAAGGAGCACGAAGCGGCGAUGGAGGAACCAGCUCAGAGAACCGGGCUUUCGUACGGAAGUACCGCCUCGCACACAGCCUCAACGGGAAAGACUGGAACUUUGUGAUAGAUAGCAAGACUAGCAUGGCCAAGCUUUUUGAGGGGAACACGAACUAUGACACCCCAGAGCUGCGUCGGUUUGAGGAGCUGCCGGCUCAGUUUAUCCGCAUCUAUCCAGAGCGCUGGUCUCCGGCAGGCAUCGGAAUGAGAAUGGAAGUAUUGGGCUGCAACCUGCCAGAAACCUCCACACCAGCGCUAGAGACGAGCAAACCAACACAACCGACUUCUGCUGAAACCAGCACUACACAGAAACCCAGUCCAGUAACCAGCGCUGCCCUGCCGUCUCACAAAGGACUGUGUGAUUUUGAGCAGGGAUUGUGUGGUUGGACCCUCGACACGGAUUCUGACCUCAGCUGGGUUAUGCACAGCUCAAGCAAAAGCACCGCCUUGGGUCAAAGUCAAGAUCUCUCCAUGGGCUCAAACAGUUUGGGAAACUACCUGUACAUCGAGGCCAGACCAGAGACGCAGGGACAGAAAGCUCGUAUCUUCAGCCCGGGUGUGGAUCCAGACACGGGACCCCUGUGCCUGAUAUUUUCCUACCAGCUGGAGGAUCAGGGCACUCUGAGGGUCCUGCUGCAGAACAAACAGCAGGAGGAGACUCUGCUGUGGUCCCUCAGCGGAGACCAGCAGCCCAUCUGGAGGGAAGGACGCACCAUUAUUCCUCGAUCCCCCGAUGAGUUAAAGGUGGUAAUCGAAGGAUUUUUCGAGGGCACCAAAGGCCACAUUUGGAUUGAUAACAUUCACAUGAGUGGGAACACACCGCUGGAAGAGUGCACUCAGCCGUACUCCGCGUUUCCUCCAGAUAUGAUCGGGGGAGCCCUACCUGGCAAGAGUGAGCCAACAAUAGAUCCGCUGUCAAUACCGCCCAUUUUGCCCAACUGGUAUUACAUAAUUGCUGGUGGAGGAGCCAUCUUGUUCCUGGUCAUUAUCAUUGUCAUGGCCAUUUGCUGUCGUCAUCUUACGGCCAGGAGGAACCAACCUACAAUGGCUUACUACAGUCCUCACAAUGCACACUAUCCCAACGGUGGUGUUCACAGGCCUGGAACGGCACCUAAAUUGACUGUAUGGGUCGAGAAGGGCGAUGGGAAUUCCUACUGGUGAGAAACACUGGAUAAUGUUUUAGAGGUUUGCCUGCAAAUUGUGGACUUCAUUGAAGAAGCAGAUCUCAGAGAGUUGGAGGAGAUGCUCCCAGAUGCGUUGGAUGCGUCCUACUUCAAUACUUCUGUCUCCCAGUUAGUUUCUUGUUGUUUUCUUUCUUGGAUACCAGCGAUCCUGUCUUACUGGUGUGCUCCGCUUGUUUACCAGCUCGUACUCUUCUCCAAGAGCGAAUCUGUAUCCAGCCUCACGUUGGAUGCCUCAAGAAGAUGUGCUAUCCUAUGACCUUAAUCACUGAUCCUGGACUGACUUGUUGAUCCAGUGUGCUGUACGUAUGUUAAAUCAAUAUGAUCAGGACAUUGAGGAGCUGUUGUGGACAUGCUGCCCGACACAAUGUUUGACUAGUCGCUGAGGUUGAUUAUGAGUAUGUCUUUACCUAUAGUAGAACAUGGGAACAGACCUUUGGUGAAAGAGAGAACGCAGAGCUCCAAUGCUGAGAAUGUGCUUCUUGGGCACUUUUUGAAUACAACGCAAGCAUGAUUUAAAUAAUAAUAAGGGAAGGCGAAGUAUCGCUUAAAAGGUUUCUGCAUGUAAACAACUUGAGUUAUGUCUGAUGAGCGGAGAGCCCACCUAAGAGGAAUUUAGCCAAUGCUGUUCAACAUGAAAUUGAGUUUAAACACUGUAGAAUAAUUAAAACACAAUAGAUUAUGACUUCAAAAUCCUUCAGUAAUUGCAAAUUACACAAGAUUUAAAAAGUAACCACUGGCAACCAAGUGACAGGUUAAUGCCAUUUGGCAACAAUGAUUUGAAAUAUUUAAAGAUUAUGACUAUAUGAUGAAAUUACAUAAGAUUUAAAAAGUGACCAUUGGCAACCAAGUGGCAGGUUAAUGCCAUUUGUCAACAAUGUAAUGUAACCACAAAAGAUUUGAAAGGUAAACAUUCGGAUUCCCGAUCAAAAAGCCUCAUCCAAUUAAAGCUAGUUGUCAAUUACUGAAAAAACCGCUUCAAUAAAUGCUAACAGCAUCUUUGAAAUGUAACCACUGACUCUGUCUCAGUCAAAAAGCCUUAAGUUAAACAUUUUAAAGUUACCAUUUGCAUCGGCAUUCACAAUAAAUAUAAUACAAAACUCCUCAAAUUUGAUGAGACAGUUUAAUGCCAGUUUUACGCAGCAUUAAUUACUGUCAUUCAUAAUGUAAUUACACAUUCAUUCAUUUUCAUUUCCGCUUAGUCCCUUUAUUAAUCUGGGGUCUCCACAGCGGAAUGAACCGCCAACUUAUCCAGCACGUUUUUACGCAGCGGAUGCCCUUCCAGCCGUAACCCAUCACUGGGAAACAUCCAUUCACAUUCAUUCACACACAUACACUACGGACAAUUUAGCCUACCCAGUUCACCAACAGCACAUGUCUUUGGAGUGUGAGGGAAACCGGAGCACCCGGAGGAAUCCCAUGAAAACACAGGGAGAACAUGCAAACUCCACACAGAAAUGCCAACUGACCCAGCCGAGACUCGAACCAGCGACCUUCUUGCUGUGAGGCAACAGCACUACCUACUGUGCCACCGCGUCGCCCUUCGUAAUCACACAUUAUUAAAUGUAAUUGUAAACAGUGGCAUUAUAAUUUCUGUGGACAGAUAAAUGCCAGCAUGCAGUAACAUAAAGGCUGCUAACCGGAAAUGGCAAAUAGAGCUGAAAAAUCGCCAUUGUGUUGAGAUUCUCAGUCUCAAAUGUCUUUAAAAGUAUACGGAAAAAGAGUAAUGCCAGUUGUCAAUAACUUAAACGUACUGCUUCAAGAAUCACAAAUUAGGAAAGACUUGAAAAGUAAGCACUAAAGAAGGAUUAAAUAUUAAUUCGAAAUAAUAUUAACUCAUUAAAUAUUUCAGUAGAGAAAUUAAUGCCCCUUGUCAAUAAUUUAAAGAUCGAUUCUCUUCCGUACGUUCACACCGAAAGCGGCGAGAGCGUCAAAGUAGCCGGAAGUCAUUCAUUUUCAAUGAGAGCCGGUGGCAAGGAGCGGCGCGUCUUCGCCGGUGUGGCCGUUGAGGAGAGUUGAAAUCAAGUCAACUUUAUGGUAAUGAGCUAUGACACGGUUCGGCGGCAAGCAAUCAGAAUAGAGAAGUCCACCGCUUGAGAGGAGUUCAGAGAACACAGACCUGUGAACUUUGGUUCUGACCACAGUUGUUCCCACAAGGGUUUGUUUUAGUGCGGACACCGGAUUUCCAAUUAUUUAUUUACUAUGUUUUCUUACAGGAACAGGCAUUAAAUAAGUUACUGACGAGUUACUGAUGUGCAUUAAUGUAUAUAUAUUUAUCUUUAAAAACGCGGGAAUCUCAUGCGACAGUACAAAACAGUUUUGCUGCUUCAGGAUAUUUCAGACAUAUAGACACAUUGGAUAAUUAAGUGGAGCAAAACCACACCACAUGCAACUUGAUCUUCCAUUGUUAAAUUAAUUUGAUAAGAAAUGCGCAACAUUUUCAUGCUAGAGAGCAUGUUUUACGCAGGAAUGUACCUGAUAUGCUGCAACAACCACUUUAAAUACGAGAUCAAUGUAGCGAUUUUUGACGCUCUCGCCGCCGGAGCUGAAGGAAGACAGCGUUGUCGCCAGCAACCUUGGACGCUUUCAACUCUUUCGGUGUGAACGCACAGUUACUGCAAACAAUGACGGAUUUCAAAAUGAACCAUUCACAUUGAGAUUCAUUCAUUUUCCUUCGGCUUAGUCCCUUUUAUUCAUCUGGGGUCGCCACAGCGAAAUGAACCGCCAACUUAUCCAGCAUAUGUUUUACACAGCGGAUGCCCUUCCAGCUGCAACCCAGUACUGGGAAACACCCAUACACACUCAUUCACACACAUACACUAGGGCCGAUUCAGCUUAUUCAAUUCACCGCAUGUUUUUGGACUGUGGGGGAAACCGGAGCACCCGGAGGAAACCCAUGCCAACAUGGGGAGAACAUGCAAACUCUACACAGAAAUGCCAACUGGCCCAGCCGGGACUUGAACCAGCAACCUUCUUGCUGUGAGGCGACAGUGCUAACCACUGAGUUACCGUGCUGCCUCACAUUGAGAUUCCCAUUAAAUAAUAAUAAUAGAAAACUCUAAAAUACUCUGCAAACACACAUGCAGGCUCUAUCCUGAUAUGCAAUGCUUUUCAUCAUCCGUUCAGUCAUGGAUGGAUAAAAUCAGGUCACAUCUUACAGUUUUGUCUUGUUUCGUUUCCGGAAAUAUUUCGAAUGUAAAACUAAUUGGUCUUCAUGUUGACUUUAAACGUUGCAAUAGAUAUGGAUUCAGAUCAAAGAUGUGCUAAACUUAAACGAACUGAUGGCACCACCUUUGAGAUAAGAGAUAUUUGUGGGGAAAAAGGAGGGAGGAUUGUGUAAGGGAGCGUUUAUGUUUAUUUCUGUGGCAGUAUCUAGGUUAUUCCUUUGUAACUCGCAUUUCUCACAUUCGUUUUUUUUUUCCCAAAGAUCCCCCAAAACUGCGUUGGCGUGUGUUAUUCUGAGCAAGCGCUCGCUGGUGUUGAGGCUCCAAAAACAAGUCCCAUAAACAAAGACAGCUGUUUCCGUUUCUCCGUCUCCAUGCUAUGAGGGAUGCGAUGGGUGGGAGAGAACUUCUCAUAUCAACACCUGGUAGCAAUUUUGGGUUAGUGAAGCGUCAUGAAGCUUCAAGAGAGAUUAGCAGUGAAUGCUGUCCAAGACCGCCAUGUGCUUUUUUCAUCGGCAUGUUGAAUCGUUUAUUAAAUUGAGUUGUCAUGCGGGUUUUAUAGGUUAAAUGAAUCAGUUAUAUAUUAGGGCAGGGUGAGCAUGCUGUGGCAGUACUGUUUGAUUAUUGUAUGGCAUAAUUAAUUGGUACUUCAAGGUAUUGCUGUAGUACUAAUGUAACGUAAAGGCCCCGAUAUGCUCAAAGCAAAACCAAAGAAUGAACUGCUGUGACGUCUCCAGUGACAGUUAGCUACUAAACAGGGUAGGUAGUGACAUGGAAAUCUUCACUGGUUAAUUUGUGAUGUUCAGUCUGUCAGAUGCGCACGUAAAGAUAUUGUUGCUAUUAAUAAGAGGUCACACACAAAUUGAAAACUAAUUGUCAUUUCAAUUCCAUGUACACUAAAAAUGCUUGGUUCCACACAUUUCCUUCAUGUUGUCCGAACACAAAUAGAUUGAGCUAACUUAAUUGUACACAUUUGAGUGGAUUGAACAUGAAACAAUUAAGUUGUUCCUAAAAAACUCAACAAUUGUUUUGCUUUAGAUCAUUUUAAAUAAGUACUUUCAACAAGCAGCAAAAAUAUGUUUUGAGUGCAUGACUUGAUUUGUCUGUAGAACACAAAAGGAAAUGUUUUGAAGAAUGUUAAUGCUGCAUCUAAGUGAAAAUUACAACAACAUCAAAAAACAAAUACAUUUUAUGUCUAGAGGCUUCAGAAGCCUUAGUGACAGAAAGACAGAUAUGCCAUAUAAUCAAAGAGUGUCCAAUUUGGCAUUGAUAACAACAAAUGUCAUUGGUUGUCAUAACCAGUGUCGAGGAAAGUUAUAUUUGAAACUAAUGCAUCACAAUAUUGAGUUAGUCUCCAAAAAAGUAACUAGUGGCGUCACUUAGUGACUUUUUAUGGAAAGUAAUGCGUUACGUUACUUUUGAGUUACUUUUUCCAACCCAGGCUCAUUCUGAAAACGUAGUCCCUUGGACGUUUCUAGAGACCGCGAAAUACGUUUCGGGAGGUACGUAUGGCUGCAGUUUUUGUUUUCGUGUAUCCGUAGGAGGUCGCUGUGUGUGCUUUUUCAUAUAUCGAAUGUCUCUCGGCUCCCGCAUUUUCUCGCGUAAACCCACCAGAGGCCUCUGAAUAAUUGACUGGGCGACCGGCCAAUCGACUGACCCC